AUGAAGACCGACCUGGAGCUCGCCCUGGAGUGCGCCGUCAAUGUCUACCACCAGUAYGCCCUCAAGAAGCCCCUGGAUGACUACCUGGACCGCGGCGAGUUCAAGGCGCUGCUGAAGGACACGGCCAAGCCCUUCCUGGACAACACGACACCGCCUGGCCUGUCCGCGGACGCCUACAUGGAGCAGCUCUUCUCCAAGGCCGAUAGCAACCACGACGGGCGCCUGAAGUUCACCGAGUUCCUGAGCACCCUGAUGCUCGUCGUCAUGGAAGCCCAUAAGAGAUCCCACAAGGAUCCCAAUGAGCCUGGUCAUGGCCACGGCCAUAGCCAUGACCACGGUCAUGGCCACGGCCAUGGUCAUGGCCACUAG